AUGUUUGCAUCUUUGCAGUCCUUCUAUGUCUCCAACGCAUCAUACGCCAUGUCGACCGCGCUGGUCAAGGCAUCGCUUCUUUUCCAGUACUUGAGGAUAUUCAAAAGUGGCUGCCACCGCAUCAUCUGCAUUGUGAUUCUUGUUAUUACAUGCCUUUGGGGCGCCGCGUACACCAUAUUGACUUGGUUUCCUUGCAAGCCCAUCCAUAUUUACUGGAACUGGACUUCGGGUGGUGGUCACUGUUGGGCAUUUGCAUCCCUUCACGCAACACAAUUCUACGGGGCAUACUUCAGCCAUGCCGUGACCAACAUGGUAUUGGACUUUUGCGUGCUGGCCAUCCCGAUGCCGUUGUACUUUCGUAGCACCACGACGGGGCCGACAAGGAGGAGAUUACUGAUGCUUUUUGGUGCUGGAACACUGGUAAGCGGCGUCUCUAUUUGGCGCUUGGCUGCUUGCAUCGAACACAAAGCAGCGACCGACCCGGUUUUUGAUCCGACGUGGUACGGAGUGCCAGUGAUAGUGCUGGGCAUGAUGGAAGUCAACGCAGCGAGCAUAUGCGCAUGCGUUCCGGUAUUCUGGCCGGCCCUGACGGCGCGAAUGGACCAGAUAUUUGUGACGCAAGAAAUCAAAAUCACGAGAGAGCGCCGCUUCUCGGAGGAGGGCGACGACGAGAUCGAGCUGCAGGAUAGCAACAGUCGCACGCUAAGCAUGUCGAGCCAACAUAAUCUCACAAAGAAGGAGAUGCAUUACAUGGACGAUUAUGUGAUAGAGCAGGUCGAUCCAUUGAGGGACAAGACGCGAAACGUCGAGGUGUCGACCGAGCUGCCAUCUAAAACGGUGGGGAGGAAACAAUCGACGAGGAAGUGGCGAGUCAGCUCGGGCGAAUCAGCACGGGACCGGGCACAACGAGCAACGUCUUGGCGCCUCCUUCAGGAGUUGUCCGACAUGGCAACGAACACGACCAUAGGCCAGUUGGUCAUCCUGAAUUAA